CUGAUUAACAGUUCGUAUUUUUAUUUUUAGCUCUGCAUAAAUUAUUUAAUAAUAUCUUGGAAGAAUUUAAUUACGAUAAGAAAAUGUAUAUUACAUAUAAUAAAUAUGAAUGACUUAUGUAAAUACGGGAUGUUAGCGUGCGUCGCAUCAGAGAAUAGGAUUUUUAUACAUUACUUUAAUUAUUUCUUCCAUAAUUUAUUAACACUUAUACAAGCUUAGAAUUGCAAACACACAACUCUUCAAAACGCCACGAGUCCAUUCUGCAUAAGGUGGCAUGUGUAUAUGUAACGUUAAACCGUAUCAUCUUUCCUUUCAUUUACAUUCAAAUUCACGGCAAAAUGCGAAUCAUUAGUUGAAGCGUAACAAUGCGUAGGGCCAAUGCAUUUAACAUGAAUUGCAUGUACGUACUGUGCUAGACUAUAGACUAUAGAGUAGGACGCAUUAACAUGUUAAUGCCUUGUCUCGCGCUACAGUUAACUGUCUCAUCUCACUACAGCUAAACGUGUUGGUUGAUCCACGGCAUUAGUAAUUCAAAGCGCGGAGACACCUAUAGUGCGCACAGUCAUAAUAAAACACCCCCAACGGUAUACCACCGUUUGUAGAUUGACUCGCUACAAAUUGCUCCAUUACGAUUAAUUCCAUUUUGUAAUCGAUAUUCCUCUUACGAAUUAACACACGCGAAAAGAAAAGGAAAACGUUGCAUAAACAGUGAGAUGCGACAGAAUUUUUCAAAAGAUAUGAUUUACGACGGUCGCGCGAUAAAUAAUUCAAGGUUUAUUAGUCAAUGGUGAUGCAGUGAUAACACACGAUUUAAAAACGGUCCUUUGCCGAGAAUUUCGUGACACUGGCGGCUACAUCGGUAAUUCGAUUUAUCGGUAACUUGUAUAGAGUAUGGCGAGAGGAACACGAUACAAAGCCACUAUUACUCCCUGUUGGCUCCUUAAUUCCCGAUUCCGAAGACGCACGGUUGAUCCUCGUAACACACGCACAGAGACGGGAAAUCCAAAAUCGAUGUGCGACGACAUCGGUCAGCGGCUUAGCUUGGGCGUAGUCGUAGCGGAACGUCGACGUUCUGUGCCGUCGACAAAUUCGGUGUCGCAUUCUCGGAAAGUCACCGUUGUAGGGAUAGAAACUGAUCAGGCAAGGGGAGUUUAAGGUGGAGUCAAAGAGCGGGAGAGAGAGACGGGAGUGGAAGACUUGCGAGUAAAACAAAGAGAGAAAAUCCCUUGAGCAGGAGCAUACCUUCUACGACACACACUGGAAUGACACUCGCGUAUAUUGACUCAUACACUUGCACACGAGCUUACAAAGCGUAUACGCAUAGUAGCGGCCUCUUGAAGUCACCGGUAGAAGGGUACGGAGGAACCAUGAGGAGAGGAGUGAGAGUUGCGCGCGGCUAUGUGUAGACCGCGGUGUUAACAAACGGUACACUAAUGUUUCACGUCUCGGUGUGCCUCACCGUAUGCUUCUAUCUCGCUCCAGCUUGCGGAAUCUCUCUGUUCCGCAAUGUGUUCCUCCGUCGACGUCGCCGUGGCGAGCAAGAGCGCGAAGUAGUAGCUCAACGUGCUGCGCACACUGCGGGGUGAUGAGAAAGGCAGUGGCACGAUUUGGUGGUAGUACGAGUAGCUUCGAAUAUAGAGGGGGUAGGGAAAGGUGAUAAAGGCGGGGCAAGGUUAGUCCGCGCCCACGGAGGGGAAAAAAGCCGAGCUCCGCACCCACCGCGGUGUAUUAGAGGGGAGACGAAAGAAGUGUGGAAGGGGACGAUUUAUCCAGUUUCCUCUCUCUCUCUUUCUCCUAUACACCGUCGAACACCACUACAGAGAUUCGUUUAAGCGAGAGGGGUAAGCGCGAGCGUGUGAGUUUCACCACGAAACGACAAAAAUAUCUUCGCUGGCAGGUACUCUCGUAGGUAGGUGUGUAUAUCGGCAAUCUGCCGGCCGGCGAAAAAUGUCAGUGCACCUUUUUACCCACCCCGCGAACCACAUCGGCCCCUUCGACUGUCCCCACCCGUUCUAGCGAAUGUCCUCCCCCGCAACCUCUAUGCUCGCGAUCCACCACCUACAGCCGCCCCUACCCGCCCCUUUGAUCGGCGGUCGCGCCAGGAGGGCGACAAGUAAGCGCGAGGAGGCGAGUUCCCUUGAAAGAACUGCGCAAAACACACUUUCGCGAUGCCACGGCCGAAGUCGUCGUUGUCGUCAUCGUAUCCGUCGCUCGCCGUUGUCAACUUGUAUAUUGUUAGUGAUCAUCGGCACGUUGCCGCACUCGCGUACAACGGCCACGGACCAAUCGCCCGAUUCGGAUGGCGAUAGUCGACCGAACUUGUCGUUCGACGUGAAUCAGUUUUUAAAUUCAACCGUGGCUACGUGAAAAGAAUUUGAAAUCUCGAGGAUCAAUAGCGAGCGCGUCGUUUGUCAUCGCAGGACUUUCUAAAACCGAUGAGAAUUGGUGGUGAAACGCGCGAUGGGACAUCCACGCAUCAUCGGCGCAUUAAACUGCCGGUACGCGUUUAUGCCGCGUAAACGUGCUCGUGUAAUACGUUCGUCAGCUGGUGAUCGUGCCUUUCACUGUAUAAGUGUCGAGCGAGAGAGACGUCGCGACGGUGUUGGAUCGAAGUGAAAAGCAAACGCGAAGUCAAAGUUGGACAGAAAGAGAGAAAAGUUGUGUAGUCAAGUGUCGCGUUGUGUGUGGAGCAAGAGGAAGGAUCUCAGGAGGUGGGGGCCAGUGGUGUAGCGAGGGGACACCAAGUAGUUGACGAUCGCCGCGGUGAAGGAGAAGAGAUAGAAAGAGAAAGAAAUAGAGUGGGAAUAUCGUAGUGGUAGUGGUGGUGGUGGGGAAACGUCAGAGUGUGCGGUCGUGUCCAAGAAAGAGGUGGAGAAGCGAACAGCAACGGGAGAGAGGGCAGCGAACAAACUACCGGGAAGAAGUCAGCGGCAAGUAAAGCAGCGCCGCCGAGGCUAAACUUCAGGAUCUAUCGAACUAAAAUUGUCGUGUAGUUUCUGCCUCCUCUUCUCGCCCCUCCUAGCGCAACCUACCUCUCCCUUGACCCCACCAGAGCCCAACACGGUGGCAACGGCAGCAUCUCGGCCGGUUGCGCCCCCUCUGACUCGAGCACCCAUCCCCUCCACAAAACGAAAGCCGAACGAAGAGGGAAGAAAGCGGCGACGGUGGGGCGUCACGAGGGACGAGGAGCGUGCGAUCGAGGGAGAAGAAGAGAUCGGAACGUGUUGAGAAAGAGAGAGACCGAGAAACAGAAAGAGGAAAAGGAGAGAAAGAGAGGGAAGAACGGGUAACGAAGUGAGAGGGGGUAGGCAGGGAGCGCGUUAGCUGGCCCCACGGGCGACUCACCAUAUUUUAUUGUCGCGUUUGCCGACGCUAACCGCUGGUGUACGGCUCCGUGCCCGAUCUACGAAGAUGCCGACCUGACUCGGAGAGAAGAGAAGUACACAGAACACUCGGCCUACUAGUAGAGUGCGGUACGAAUUCGCGUGGGUUCGAGGUGCCGGUAGUGGCAUCAUCAGCCACCAGCAGAGGUGGCACCAGCUCCCCCACUACACCGCGCGGCGUGCCGGCCUGGACCCUCCCACCCGUCUCACCGAGGGCAAACCAUCUCGCAAAAAUCGUCCCCCUUUCCAUGGAAGGAAAAGAACUACGGCGACGACUCUGCCACCACCACUGUCGAGCCGACCGUUUCUCGUCACUACCACCACCACCAUCGGCACACUACCAUCGUUAUCGCCAGCGCCACCGUCACUGUACCGCCGCCUCCUCCUACACCGCGAUCAACCGUCAUCUCGGGGAACGAGGAUACCAGAACUUACGGAUUUCGAUUGCGUUGUUCGCUCCUUCGACGAACGCACUACUUAUAAACCACCGCUGGAUUUACCAUCACCUAUUUACGUUUUCGGUGAUUACCGAUCAAAAUCAGAUGUCAGUGCCGAUUUAAAAAAAGUGCGCGUGUGGAUUGAACUCAACGGAUAAUCGAGAUACUUAUCGUUGAUCGAAUCAUUAUCCUUUGUAGCGCGCGCAAAAGAAGUUUCCGCCAAGUUCGAAAGGAGAGAGGGAAGAGUCGUCGCAUGGACACGCGCCCUCCUUGUACCCCCUCUAAACAGUGAAAACAUAUACAUACACACGCGUGUAGACGCACACGCACGCGGAUCACGCAGAGGAGAAGACAGAAGUGCCGGGGCAUUAUACACGUGUGAGCCGCGCCAGUUUGUAGUUACUUGUUUAGAGUGCGCGCAUGGAUUUCGUGGUACUGUACAAUCUGUGAAUUAAGAAAAUUCGUAUCGACGAAUUUUCGAUUAACAAAAAAAAAAAAAAAAAAAGAAAAUACAAGCUGUUCCGUGACAUCACUACACGGGGUGCGAAACAAUCCGCCGUGUGGACGUAUUCUACGAGCAAGAGAAGAAAAAAAGGAGAGCGGUGUGCGCGAACAAGUCGAACCUCACCUUUCCUUUUUCACGAACGUCUCUCCGUCACCAUCGCUCGAGUUCUCGACCUACCACUCUCUCCCUCUCUAUCUCUCGUUUCGCCUCUUGUCCGUCCCUCUAGCGCUUCCUCUCGCUCGCUCCUCCCUCUAUUCCGUCUCGCUUUCUCAUUUCCUCUCUUUCUAUAUCACGUUUUCUUCUUCGCACUCACACUUAUGUACCUCCGCCUUCCUAACCGCUGAGCGGAGGACUGGAUUCCGUCGAAAAGAAACGACGAUUCGGAGGAUAGUCGCGACCGAUCAUAGCUGGCGCGUCGAUCGGAUCAACGACGUGAGUUAGCUACACGAGCGAAUCAUCCACCGGCGCGUAUAAUACCCGCAUUCAAGUACCGUGUUAAUACUGUUGUAAUUAGUUUAUGGUUUACCGUUUUCUGCUCGUGAAACAUCGUCUCUAUUACCUGGACAAAACGAUCCUUAUUUUUCGAUCUCGAUCGUACACGGUGGCUAGUGUGAACUGUUCUCGUUGACUUACGGUUGUCAUCGGUCUGUGCUAGUCGUGAACGAGUCCCGAAACCAACAGUGUCAUCUACACGACUGCGUUGCGGUCGAAGCUCGGAAAACUGGUCCCUGCCUCUCUGGUGCCUGCGUCUGUGACAGUGCGAGUGUAUACGACUGAAGACCGCUUUCAGGGUUGAGUACAGUUUGGUACUAGACAGUGCAAUAAAACACGCGCGAGUUACGUAUCUAUAGUGAAAAAUUUCUCUCCGCUUUUUGCGCUGUUUUGUCAUUUGUGACUAUAUCUGUACAACUCUAUUUCUUUCUCGUCGCGUGCCACGUGGUGAAAAGAAAGAAGUUAAGAAGGGAUACACGGAGAAAAGAAAAAAGCAAAAGUGAUAGUUGUUUCGAGUGACUUGGUGAGACUGCAACAGAUGCCACAGUCUGAAAGGAUGAUCGCGUAGCGGCGCCCGACCAUCACGGCCCUGAGUGGCCGACACAUCAUGUCACAGUUCUCUUUUCGAGGAUCACCAAAUCUACAGUGUCCUGUGACAGUGAGCUCGUCGCUGACGUCCUCUGCGGCCUCGCCGGUCUCCGGUACGAUCCUGAGCGCAGGCGGUUCGUCGCUGGUCAGCGUAGCGGGCACCACCACGAAUCAUCCCCUGGGCGUAGCUGCCGGUCUAUCGAACGCGAGGAUGGCGGUGACCAGCGCGGUGGUUAGGCCGCCAGGUAGCCCAACCACGUCGGUCAGCCCGUCGCAGGGUCAUCCGCCACCGACGACCGGCGGCCCAACGCCGACCGGACGGUGUUGCGACACCGGAAGACCCAUUUUCACGGAUCCGCUCACGGGUCAAACCGUCUGCUCCUGUCAGUACGAGAUUCUCGGCGGUUAUCAACGCCUGGGUGCGCUACCUGCUGCGCUCUCCAUGUACAGCGCGCCGUACGCGGCAGCGGCGGCCGCCGCCGCCUCCGAGGGCAUGGCAGCCUAUUUUCCGCCCCUGGGGGCCGAACAGGCACCUUUCUACACGCCUACGGCUGCUAGCCUCGAUCUGAAGGAAAAUCUUGGAGCAGGAGCCGCGGCAGCGUGGCCUUAUCCAUCAGUGUACCAUCCUUACGAUGCCGCCUUCGCCACCUACCCGUACAACGGUUAUGGGAUGGAUCUAAAUGGCGCCAGACGAAAAAACGCGACGCGGGAAACGACGAGUACGUUAAAGGCCUGGUUGAACGAUCAUAAGAAGAAUCCGUAUCCAACAAAGGGCGAGAAAAUCAUGCUGGCCAUUAUCACGAAGAUGACUCUGACUCAGGUGUCUACGUGGUUCGCGAAUGCGCGGAGACGUUUGAAGAAAGAGAACAAGAUGACAUGGGAGCCGAGGAAUAGGGUCGAGGACGAGGACAACAACAACGACGACGACGACAGCGGAAGAAAAAGCGUGGACGAGAAAGACCGGCUAGACUCAAAGGAUUCGGGUACCGGAUCAAGCGAGGACGGAGAACGACCGGCCCAUCGGAUGGACUCUCUUGGCACUAGUGGUGGGUCCACCGGUGUCCAAGGUAGAACCGAGAGCGAAUGGAGCGAGUCGCGAGCAGAUAGCGGUCCAGAUAGCCCGGAGUGCCUAUACGAUCAGAGAGAGCCUAGGCAUCCAUUACAGCUUCAGCAUCCCGCGUAUCUUGCGUCGUCUCAUGGUCGACUGCUGCGCCAUCCUUCCCCGGAAAGCACGCCGCCCAGUAGUCAUCUUCCACCGACCACGACCGCGUCGUCUACGGGCAGUGGAGUCACCACGAAACCGAGGAUCUGGUCUUUGGCCGACAUGGCGAGCAAGGACGGUGAACAGCAGAGUCCUACACCGACCGCAAUGACUGGUCUCUCGUCUCCUUAUAGCGGAAGCGGCGGAGGUGGUGGUGGAGUCGCAGGUGGAGGUGGCGGUGGCGGAAAGCUGGUGAGCCCUCUGGCGAGUCGUUUGCCACCUCAUCAUCCUCUUCAUCCAGCUAUGCACUCGGGAACGCAGUUCGUUCGGCAUCCGGAUUUCUACCGAAACCUCUACGGUGCUUCUCACCUUGGAUCCGGAGAUAUGGCCUUGUUGGAAACUUAUUCGAGAACCUUGGGCGGUCUGAGUGGGGUGAUGCCUCCUUCCACGGCUCCCAGUAUACUGACGACCUCCGCGUCGGCUGUGUCAGCGAGUGGUAAUGUUAAAUCUUUCUCGAUCAACGGGGCUAGCGGUGUCCCCGGUGGAGGCGGCGUGCUUCUGACCACCGCGACUUCAGGCUUGUCUCCCUCGUCGUCGUCAACGACGUCCUCCGGUGGGUCCGAUCUGUCGCCCCAUCCGAGCGGAAGCCUGCCGUCUACGCAGGAGCUCAAGUCACCGGGGCGAGUGUGAUUCCCAUGCGCGGGGACGAUGGACUAAUUACUAUUAAUCGAAGUUUCGAGGGACGGUUCGCCGCGCAGCCGUUCGCGCGUUGUGUGGUGUGUAUGACAAUAAUAAUCAGAGACUACAUUCUUGUAAUUAGUGUACAGUAACUGAACGAAGAACGUCGGAACGAGAUACAUGAUAUGUACUGCCCCUCAAGUCCCUGAUCUCUCUCCACCGUUCCUAGUCUCUGUCUCUCUCACAUUAUCUUCUUCUCCUUUUGGAUUCCUUUCGCUUCCCUCGGUCCUUUGGUAUAUCCUGCCCCUCUCUCCUUGAUUCCUAUUUUCUCUCGUCCUUCGUCGCGAAUUUUUCUUCUGUCCGCAGCAAGAACGGGACAGCAGAGAAAGAAAGGUUGGAAAUCGAUCGAUGAAAGAUGAAAAAAAAGAUGGAAAGAUGGAAUGGUGUAGGCUCGUUUAACUCUUCCGUAGAGCAGCAGCGCAGCUAAUCGCGGUUUAAAAGGAAAAUAAGACAAAAAAAUACGAAGAAAAAAGAUACACUAUCCUAGGCGUGUCUACUAUGCAGUAAUAUUAUACAUAAAGAAUACUAUAUAUAUAAAUACACGAUAAUAAUUAAUAAUUAUUUAUGCGUUUGUAAAUAGUAGAGAGGGCCCAGUAGAGAGCGUCCGGCCAGUGUAUGUAUUGUAUGUAGAGUAGGUACGAUAUUAUUAUUAUAAUAUUGGAGAUCAUAAUUCAUACUAACGACGAAGACGAUUAUUAUUAUUAUUAUGAUUAUUAUUAUUAUUAUGGAUUAUUAUUAUUGUUAUCGCGAUGUUUAUUAUAACAUUAUCGAUUCACGUCAACUCGGUCGAUCAUGACGGGGUAUAGAUCGUUGAUUACUGUGACAGAUUACGGAGGAGCACAACCCGUGCGAGGAAAACCACGUUGAAAGCGUGCGUCUUGCGCCUGAGUUUCUCCGUACGUAAGUAUUAUUUAUUUAUUGCUCGAGAGCGCUUUAGCGCGACGACGAAUCCUGGAGAAACCGUCGCAGAUCGUGAUAAUAAUAAUCGACGACGCAUCGUUCGCUACGCGUUUUUCUUUCUUUCUUUCUUCUUUCCCCUUUAUUUUUUCUUCUAUUCCUUUCCUAUCUCCGACUUUUUUUGUUUCGGUCGAUUUCGCAAGCGACGCUCUAUCGUCGAACACGCCCGACUCCGCCCGUAAUCUGACAGAACCUGGAACUUGUGUCGUCUGUUCGCGACACAGGGUGGUGUGUGUGUCCAGCUUUUCCAGAAAGAUAAAGGGAAAAAUACGAAUGUACUCGGAGAUACUACGUCGGAGGUUCGUGGUGUUCUCGUUAAACGAGACGCGACAGCCGCAGGGCGCAGCGACUGUCAACAUAUCAUGUCAUGUCGAGAGUGAACGAUCGCCAUCACCUUUUAGUCAUUCGUGUCCAAAAUUUCACGCGAGCUCGUUGAUGCCACAUUGGCAGAUGGCUUGCAGACUGUGUCCUUUCGCAAUAAACGAAUCAU